CCGCCCAUUGGCCACUCGGCUGUCUCUGGAACAAUUCUCCUCGCGCCGAUUGGCUGCUGCGCUCAACGGCUCUCACCCGAUUGGUUGAAAACGCUACGCUGCCUGUGGGCUGAGCGCUGGAUGAUUCCGUUGGUUGCUAACUGAGAGAACGGCGGCAUUGAAGGGGCUGGGCCCGCACUGGAGAAAUGGCGAGAACGGUUAACGAGAACGGCCGUGGAGUGGAAACACAGACCAUGGAGCCGGAGGCGCCGGGCCGGGGUUCGGCCAGAUGGGGGCCACAACACGCCGGGGCCAAAGAACUGGCCAAUCUCUACUCCCCAGGCAAAAGAUUUCAAGAGUGGUUGUCUGUCCUCCUCUGCUUCUCUCUCAUGGCCUUCAAUUUCAUUCACCUUCUUGCCAAUUUCCACCUGGGACAUCUGUGGUACAUCCUGUUGAGCAUUGUGGCGGGAAUACUCACUGCAGACUUCGCAUCGGGACUGGUUCACUGGGGCGCUGAUACGUGGGGGUCAGUGGAUUUACCCAUCUUUGGAAAGGCCUUUAUACGACCAUUCCGGGAGCACCACAUCGACCCCACGGCCAUCACCCGUCACGACUUCAUUGAGACCAAUGGCGACAACUGCAUGCUGACCAUCGUCCCUCUAGCGAACAUGGCCUUCAGCUUCCUCACCCUCUCCCCUGCUGAGAUUUACCGCUUCUACGCCUGGUACUGCUACUUGUUCGCAUUAGCCAUCUUUGUGACCCUGACCAACCAGAUUCACAAGUGGUCGCACACGUACUUCGGCCUGCCUCGUUGGGUGGUGUUCCUGCAGGACUACCAGGUCAUCCUCCCUCGCAAGCACCACCGCGUCCACCACGUCUCCCCGCACGAGACGUACUUCUGCAUCACCACAGGUUGGCUGAACUACCCUCUGGAGAAGCUGGGUUUCUGGAGGAACCUGGAGGAUCUGAUCCAGGGCGUCACCGGAGAGAAGCCCCGGGCGGACGACUUGAAAUGGGCUCAAAAAGUCAAGUAACGCCGCUGGCUAACUGCACCCUACCUCAGAAGACCCUGGCUCCGCCCAGGCUUCUCGCCCCCCCCCCCUUCGUUUUGCCUCGCACGAACUGUAAUCUAUAGAAAGGAAGAACUAACUCUUUCUGAUGCCAUAGCUUUAAGUCUUGCACAUUUUGUCUGUUUUUCAAGAGGGCUGCGUUGCGGGGAUUUUUCAUAACUCACUGAUGGAGAUCCUCAUUUCAAAAAGCAAUACAUCCUAAACUCUUCGCGGGUCUAAAACAACUCAUCACCUUUUUGAGCUGGUUUGCAAAGUGCGUUCGCUAAGAGGGUUUACUCUGAUGCUUGAUAGUCGGACACAGGUAAAUCCUUUCCAAGGAGAUUAAAAGAUUUCCCUCGUGUAUAAAUGUCAAGCUAUCCCAGAAAAGACUACGAGCGAACGCUUCUGUUCAUUGUAGAGUGGAUGAAUCGCGUUAUAUUUAGCUCUGCUUUUUAGUGUCACUGGGAAACUCUUUGCUCCACCUCAUCAAGGGUCCUCUUGAUGUGGGACUGAUACAAUUGUAUUGCGGCCAAUUACUGUUACUCUCAUUUGGGUUUGGCUGCAAGCUUUUGGGGCUGUUGUGUUAGUUGUUACUUAAAAGCCAAAAUCAUCCCUCCUGGAUGCUACAUGACAGAUCUGACGGCUCAGAGAAAGGGUUUUAACUUAAACAACCAAAAAAAAAUCAACCAAAUUGCCGUCAGAUCCUAAGAAGGCAUUUUGAUUGGACUUUUGACAAUUGAGGUAAUUUGAUCUUGAAAAAGUGGCAUCAAAAUGUGUGUUACUGUCGUCGGCGUCGAUGCAGGCCGUUAGAAAUCGAAUGAAAUGUAUCAUGUCGUUCUGCCGAGUCAGCCUGGCCCGUCUGACUUUUCGAUGACCGAUUGUCCUCUGAAAAGCCUUUUUUAGUGUCUAUUUCACUCCUGAUAAACCAAGGAGAUUUGCAGCAGACACUGUUUUUGUCCAGCAGCCUUACUCACCACACCUGCAGUACAUGGAACCGUGUCUUUUAAAAAAAAAAAAUCUUGUUUUGUUUCAUUUAGCACUUCUUUAUGUUGUGCAACUAUGAUUCUGUCUGUCUGGGAUCUGUGGCCUAGUUGGUCAGCAACAGAUACACACAAGUUGUGUGCGAGCAGUGUGUAACACUGUUUUCGCUCCUCGCGUCGUUCCCGGUGAGGGAUGCGUGCACACUGUGCCGACUCGGCGAGGUCACUUCGCUGUUCGCUGUCCGCUUACGAUCCAGUGACUUCUUCCCUUUUUAGAGAUAUUGCCAUUAACUGAUUCGUCUGAGAGAUUUUUUUUUUUUUUUUUUUAAUGCUUUAGUCUGCAAUUUGUAAAUGUAUUGUGUGGCAAAUAACUAUGCAGUGUAUUACGAGCCCUGAACCAUAUGUCUUAACUCGUCUGAUUAGGUUAAAAUGCCUUUCUUUUCUACUAGUUAACACAGUCGCCAUUUUAGUUGGAUAACGGGAGCUUAAAACUUACAUGUACUAACUAAGCUACACAAAUGUAAGGACGCAUGUGUACGACAUGUGAUGUACUGGGUCACCAGCUUCCUGUUUGUGUUUGUGUACAGCAAACACUGGCUAGGUAGCUCUGGGCUUCAUUUUUGCUGCUUUUAAAAGAUUACCCAAAAUCUGGACCAAGUGGUUUCAGGGUUUGAACUAUCAACAUUUUAUCUAAUAGAUCAUUUUCAUGCUUAAAACAGUUACGUUUACCAAGUGGAGAAAGCUGAAUUGUUCAUUUUGAAGUUCAAAUUAUGCUUUAUAUGAUGUGAUAUUCCAGUUUUUGAAUCCUUCAUACUCCAUUAUGUACAAUUGUUCACUACAGGUCAACGGCAGAAAUACACUGCAGAUUGCCAGGCGCUUGCUGAGUAUCGUGAGAAGCAGUUUUUGUGUGAUAGUGUAAUAUGUGCAGGUAAAGUGAUCCCUUUACCUGCCACUGCAUCUAGGUUGAGGCUUGCGCAGAACUACUUUAGUUUUAGCUUUUUUUAAAU